CAAACUGUUGCCCUUCUCAAGAGUGCCCUGCUUCGGCACAUCCCUCCUGUCUCGCAAUCGUUUUCUGAAGAACGUUGCCAAGUUUCGUUCCAUGUCAUCUCCAGCUGUAACCGCUGCUCGGGCCGCACUUGCAAGCAUAGACCUAUCUAGCUAUGACCCCGAGCAAUCCCGGUUGAUGGAUGAGAGGUGCAUUUUGGUAGAUGAAGAGGAUAACGCCAUCGGUGCGAUGGACAAGAAGACAUGUCACCUCAUGGAGAACAUAAACAAGGGCUUGCUUCAUCGUGCCUUCUCGGCUUUCGUUUUUAGACCCUCCGAUGGCAAACUGCUGCUUCAGCAAAGGGCCACGGAGAAGAUUACCUUUCCCGAUAUGUGGACAAACACCUGUUGCUCCCACCCUCUUGACGAUUUUGAGCUUGAGAAGGUGGAAAAGGACCAGCUCGGAGUCCGUGUUGCCGCUUCUCGCAAGCUUGAACACGAACUCGGUAUACCUCAGUCUGAGACGCCCGUCGAUGAAUUCCAGUAUCUUACCCGAAUUCACUACCUUGCGCCUUCCAAUGGCAUGUGGGGCGAACACGAGGUCGACUAUAUCUUGUUCCUUACUGCAAACGUAACCGUAACACCUAACGCAAACGAAAUUCGAGAUUAUAAGUACGUUAGCAAGGAGGAGCUUCAGGACAUGUUCCAAGACCCAGCGAACUCUUUCACCCCUUGGUUCAAACUCAUCGCUCGCGAUUUUCUGUUUGGAUGGUGGGAUGAACUUUACAAGCGGAAAAAUUCAGAUGGCCAUGUUAUAGCAAAAAGUCUCGCAGGACUAGCUGACGGCUCCAAGGUUAUCAAGAUGUGAGAAAUAAUGUGUGUAGGGCUUGAUUGAUUGUAUACACCCGUGGAAUAAUUUGGAAUGUAACUUGAUAAGCCAUGG